GACGGCACAUCACGCUCGUCACCUGUCCAACGGCCAAGCGCCAGCAAGAGUACGCUUUUUCGGUUGUUCAUUUACACUAUCUGCCAGUGGCCCUAGCGUACGGCAGAGAAAUGCCUGGCAAUCUUGAAUGAGUGGGAUGACACGGCAUUUUUUGCCCGUCAGAGACAGUCACCGCGUGUCGAUUUCAGGUUCUCAGGUUACUCGCCUCGGCUGUAUUAUGGGCAUGUGUGCUUGCAGCCACCCAGAGACACCAUAAUCUCUUUUUUUUCUCUAUGCCCUGCCAUUUGCUGCCAUGAGCUCCCCUGCUUCAUGGUUCCCAUAAUACCAGCCCAUUUCCCCCCAUCACCUCUUGAUCUGGGAGACCCACCUGCGAAUACCUACACUACAUCAUCAACCUGUAAUAUUCUGGUCAACACACGUUGCAUCCUCCCCAGUUCGCGGCACCGCCACGAGCACGCGAGACCCGACACGCAGGAUGAUGGCCAAGCUGAGCCCACCGGCUGUUGCGCCGGAGGACCAGAACCUGAAGCUCGAGACAACCAAUGCGCAAGCAGGACAGCCAUCUUCGCUGAUUCGAGACGACAAAGGGCACGUGGCGUACCCAGGCUAUGUUCCUCAACAGCCCCAAUCGCCCACCAGCCCAGAACCCCCUUCGCCCGAGACAGAACCGCCGCCACCAGGGGGCAUCCGAAAGGCAGCUUCAGCCCCUCUGGGGUCAGACAUUGAUGAUCCAGAAUCCUCCCCUAGGCCCAAGCCAAGCCAGAGCGACUCCUCCGACGAUGACGACCUCGGUGCCGACGUCGAGCGAACUGAUCAAGCUUCUACCGCCGCCAGGCCACAGCCACCUCGAUCCGAAAAGUCAGACCCGUUUCGCCGCUUCAAGGUCGGGAACGAGAACUACAGGACCAAGGGUAGGGUAUCCAAGCGCGACGGGCGUCUGGCCAUCUCCAUUAAAGACACAAGCGACAAGGGCUAUCUCGUGAAGGCCCUCGGCGCCACCCUUGGCAAGGUAGUCCCCCUGAAGGAAGGCGAAGAAUCCGAGCAAGACCAAGAACGGCCCACUGCCGAGCGAAGAUCCUCCGAGACGAUACUCACUCCCGAGAGCUUCCAAUGUCCCAAACUCAAUAUUGUCAUCAUGGUCAUCGGGAGCCGCGGGGACGCCCAGCCAUUCCUAAAGAUUGGCAAGGUCCUGAAAGAACAAUACGGUCACAGGGUCAGAAUCGCCACACACCCUGCCUUUCGUGAUUUCGUCGAGAAGGACACGGGGCUGGAGUUCUUCUCCGUUGGAGGUGACCCGGCCGAGUUGAUGGCUUUCAUGGUCAAGAACCCCGGCAUGAUACCUACUCUCGAGACAGUGAGGGCCGGUGAUAUUUCUCGGAGGCGACAAGCAAUGGCCGAAAUGUUUGAGGGUUUUUGGAGAGCCUGUAUCAACGCUACAGACGAAGAGAAGAACGUGAAAAACGCCCGCAUGAUGGAGCACACGAACCCCUUUAUUGCCGACCUGAUCAUCGCCAACCCACCGAGCUUCGCACACGUGCACUGCGCAGAAGCACUGGGGAUACCCUUGAUCAUGGCAUUCACCUUCCCAUACACGCCGACAAAGUCAUUUCCACAUCCUCUGGCCACCAUCAAGAAGAGCAACGUCGACCCUGGCUACUCAAAUUUCAUGUCUUACCCACUCGUGGAGAUGAUGGUCUGGCAGGGACUGGGCGACCUCGUCAACGACUUCCGUGUCAAGACCUUGUGUUUGGACCCCGUGUCGACACUCUGGGCACCGGGUGCUCUAUACCGCAUGAACGUUCCUAUUUCCUACCUGUGGAGUCCCUCGCUCGUCCCGAAACCCUCGGACUGGGCAGACAAUAUCGACAUCUCAGGCUUCGUCUUCCUAGACUUGGCUUCUUCCUUCACCCCUCCAGACCCUCUCGACCAAUUCCUCAAAUCUGGCGACCAGCCUGUCUACAUCGGUUUCGGGUCGAUUGUUGUCGACGAUGCCGACAAGUUCACCGAGAUGGUCUUCGAAGCAGUACGGCUCGCAGGUGUGAGGGCACUCGUCUCUAAGGGGUGGGGUGGCCUGGGCGGCGAAAACGUGCCAGAAAACAUAUUCAUGCUUGAGAAUACGCCCCACGACUGGCUCUUCCCCAAGGUCAAGGCUUGUGUCAUCCAUGGUGGCGCAGGCACAACUGCCAUGGCCCUGAAAUGUGGCAAGCCGACUAUGGUCGUGCCAUUCUUUGGAGAUCAGCAUUUCUGGGGUCCCAUGAUAGGCAGGGCCAAGGCGGGGCCCGAGCCCGUCCCCUACAAGCACUUGUCGGCUGAGAAGCUGGCCGAAGGCAUCAAGUACUGUCUCACUGAGGAGGCGCAAGAGAAGGCCCAGGAGAUGGCACGCGACAUUGCCCGAGAGGGCGACGGUGCAGAGAACGCGUGCUCAUUCUUCCACAAGCACCUGCAGCUCUCCGGAAAACACAGCAUGAGAUGCUCGAUCCUGGAGGACAAGGUCGCUGUGUGGUGGAUGAGGAACACCAGCCUCAGGCUCAGUGCCUUGGCCGCUGAGAUACUCGUGGACAAGGGGUACAUCACCUGGCGCAAGCUGAGGCUCUUGAGACAUUGCGAGUACAACGACUUUGAGGGCCCCGGUGAGCCCGUCACUGGCAUGAUCGGGUCCAUUGCUGGGACUUUCGGAAAUGCGGUCGGUGGCGUGGCAAGCGUGCCCGGUAGACUUGCGAAGACUUCCAACAAGCGACGACAGCGCAAGGAGAGACGUCGCAGAAAGGCUGAAGAGAAGGACAAAGCAGACCAGGAGACGCGAGAGAACGGGGCUCCUAUGACAGUUAACCACGCAGACGCUAAGGAAGGUGUGAAUGAGUCCACUUCCGAGAGCAAGACCACGGAAACUAAGGAGAGAAAAGAGGGACCGGCAAAGACCGAGGGGAAUAGAAAAGACGGAGACAACGGUGAUGACGGAGCAUCCGUUCACACAGCCACGACCGAAGGCACAGCAGAAGACGAAGGCUACGUCGACCAAGUCGCCGAAGGCGUGGGCAAGUCCGCCCAAGCAAUCGCCACCGCGCCAAUCGACCUCUCCGUGGCCCUCGCACAGGGCUUCCACAACGCACCACGCCUCUACGGCGACGACACCGUGCGGCGGCCCACCCGCGUGACGGGGAUCCGGUCCGGCCUGCGGGCGGCGCGCUCCGAGUUCCUGUUCGGCGUCUACGACGCCUGGACGGGCGUCGUGCGGCUCCCGUACCGCGGGGCGCGGCACGGCGGCGGCGUGGAGGGGUUCGCCAAGGGCGUGGGGAUGGGCGUCACGGGCUUCGGGCUCAAGAACAUCGCCGCGGUCGUCGGGCCGUUCGGGUACACGCUCAAGGGCAUCAAGAAGCAGGUCGAGCGGCGGCGGCAGCCCACCAAGCACAUCCGGCGCGCGCGGAUCCUGCAGGGGCAGCAGGAGGCGGCGGCGCUGCUCGGGGGCGACGGCCAGGGCAAGGAGCGCGAGGCCCGCGAGAGGGAGGUCGUCGCCGGGUGGAAGGUGUUCCAGGCGCUGUGGGCCACGGUCGAGGGGAAGGAGAAGGCCAAGGGCGGGCUCAAGGCGCAGUUCAGCGAGACGCGGACCAGGGGCCAGGGGGUGCCCGAGGCGCUGGAGAGCGUGGCCAUGGCGGAGCGGACGCUCGAGGAGGUCCGGCGGGGCGGGAAGGUGGCCACCGGGAUGAAGGAGUUCCGGCGGUCCGAGGACCUCGCGCGGAGGUCUGGGGAUAUCUCGGGCCGGCAGUCGGUCGAUCGGAGGGGGUCGCCGCAUGGUGGUGGUGGUGGUGGUGGUAAUGAUGGUAGGAGGAAGUCCUCGGAGGAGCACCAGGGCGGAGCAUCGCUGGACCCUGCUUCUGCUGCUGGGCCGAGGAGGUCGGCUGAUACUAAUACGAGUGCGGAGAGGCAGAGGAAGGGGGCGGGCUCUUCUGAGCGUAUUGAGGAGGGUGAUGAGGAGCCUUCUAAUAAUAAGGCUGUGGAGAAUGGGAAGGUCACUGCGUCUUGAUUCGAACGGCGGGCAUUGACGGCAUGGCAUGGCGUGGCGUGGCAUGGCAUGGCAUGGAGUUUUAGCGACGUUGUGUCUUCCUAGGGACUGGAGUAUAUGAUACCCUUUUAAAACUUUUCUUUGUGUGUUUUGUGGACACGGUCUGUGAACAGCUGAUGUAUCUCUAAUAGAUGUGUAAAGGAAUCAGAGGUAGUGGGUAUGAGAAACAUCGCACGUGUGGAUGGAGCUUUACUUGCCGUCAGCCAGUAGAGCAACCAGCCCGGAGCAUUUGAUAGCAAUCCAUCACCAGUGACCAGUGCACACACGCCGUGAUGGAACAGGUUGGAACCAAGGAGGCCCAGACUCGGGCUGCAGUCCCCGAUUAUCAUAAUAGUCAUACAGCCAUUCGUCCUGAGGAUAAACGUAUCCAUGUCACCGUCGAACUCCUGUUGUUUGUUUACAUAUGCAAGCACAAAUGUGGUGGCCAAAGCCACACCCCGUGACAAUGCCCUUCCGUAGGUUUUUAAUGCUCUCGGUUUCUUCUUUUCUGCUUGCAGAGUCGUGCCGGGUUCAGGACAAAUACUCACGAUGCGAAUAAG